UCCGUAAUCUCUCCCUUUAGAUUUAGGAACCAGAAGCUUGGCCCCGUAUGGUAGAGACAUGAUAAACCUAGAUAUAUUGAUAAACAACUCAAAGACGACAUUUAGCAAACUUCCGAUAGGUCCUGUUGGACGACAUAUAAGACUAAAGGAGAAUGCAGAUGAUGAGAGUGAAGAUAAAAAGACUGCACUGAUUAUAGAGAGCCUUAUUAGACAAGACGGUGCAUAUCACGAAGUUUCUGCCUACAAGACAUGAUGCACUAGAAAAGUACCGUGUCCCCGCCACCAAGUAUCCAGCUCUUAUCAAUUGUCUCGUAAUAGAUAAGACGGAAGUAUUCAACCACCUAGUAGAUCAGUUUAACCUGGAAAGUAUUGUUGCUUGUCCAACCCAGGAACAGGCUAAAUCCAUCUCGACACGGAAAGAGAAUGUACCUACAGGUGUGAGCAUGGUUGUAUCUUUGGACGGAUAUAAGUUUUACCCUCCUAACGGCAAUUAUUCUUAUAGAUCCUACUACAUGGACGUGAAGAAAACCCUGGAUUUCCUGGACAACAGUCCAAUUCUAGAGAAUAAGAAGAACAUUGAUCAUAUAGAGAAGGAUCUCGCGAAGCAAGCAGGCAUAGGACGAGGUUUAACAGAGCUUAGAACUAAAAUUCAGGGAGAAAUCGAGAAAAUACAGGAAGAAAUCAAAAAGAAAAAUCAGGUGUGGACACAAAUGAGACAGAAUAAAACUCGACAUUUCACGGAUAAUAGUCUACUGAUCGCUCAACUCAAGGAGCUAGAACGGUGUCCUGAGGAAGCUGAUAGUUUGGAUAAACUGAAUCAGGAGAUUACAGCCCUUACAAACAGAUGCCUAGAGACGACGGAUCAGAAGGAGAAACUAACUGUAGAUUUGAAUACAAUAGUAUCAAAAAAGAAUAAACGAAUUGCUUCUCUUGCGAUGAUCAGGAAAAGUAACCAGAGUCUGGUUAGAAUGGAGACAGAUCUAGAGCAACUACGGAUUGAUAAGGCAAUGAAUGAAAAGAGUAUCGACCAGUUGACUUCUUUUGAGAAAGGGAAAAAGACACAAGUUGAGAAACUAAAGAAGGAGAAAUCCGUUUGUGUUGAAAAGUUGAAUGACGGCCUUGAGAAUUUUCGAAAUAAGUAUGGAGAGGAAGAUUUGCCGGAACCAGAGGAAACAUUCGAAAAGCUUCAAGCAAAGCUUGAAAUGUUGAAAGCUGCUAAGUCCGAGUCAUCAGAUGUAAUUAUGGAAAAAUUCAAGAAGCAAAAGGGAUGUUCUGCCAAAUUCUCUAACUAUUCUCCGAAGGAUUUGCUUAAGAUGAAUGCCAUAAUGUCAAAAAAUCUGAAUGAUCUCAAACGCAAUAUUAAAAUUUUGGAGAAUCAAGCUUGCGAACGGAAGUGUCAGAUGGUUAUCGUAAGGAGAUACAUUGUUCAAAUGGCUGUUAGAAACUUUAACGUUUUAGCACAGGACUUCAAUUUGGGAUUUGAAGGCAGUAUGAAAUUGACGAUAGACGUUGCCACCAAGAAAGCCUUUAUAAAGUUUAGGAAUGAAGAAAACGAAGUAAUAUAUCAGGACCUGGAUACUCUGUCUGGAGGAGAGAAAUCAUACGCCCAAAUGUGUCUUAUAGUCUCUAUGUGGAGUGUUGUGAGAACACCUUUCAGAGCACUGGAUGAGUGGGAUGUAUAUCUGGAUCCCGUGAAUAGGAAAAAAAUCUCUGCUGAACUACUCAAAGCUGCGCUCAAACAGAAGGAGGGUGGACAGUUCUUCUUUAUAUCACCCCAGGGUGCCACUGACAUUCAUGUUCUUGAUAGGAUGGAUCGGAGCAGGAUUGAGAUCAGAGAAAUUCAAAAAUAAAGAAUUUGAAGAUUAUAAACAUGUAUUCGACCUAAAUUGAUCAAAUAAAGUAUUUUGUAAAAUCUUCGAAACUAACGCGCAAAUGCUGCGCAGAUUUGUUGUUAACAACGUAAUCUUCUUGCUCAAAUUAGAAAAUACUCCAUAGCCUUAAAGUACAAAAUAGGUAGAGUACAAUGUAAAUAGUACAUGAUAAAAUAAAUAUCUAUGCAUGUACAUCCUUGCAGCAUUUAUUUCAACCUAAAACUUCUGUACCUUCUUCUUGAUUUUAACGUUAUGAUUUAUAUAAAUGGUAAUACAAA